UCACAGCGCCUGUAUGAAAGAUGGCGGCACGAAGCCCAAAUAGUUGUCCAACCUGCCGCCUGUUUGGAAAUUUGGGUACUUUAAAAAGCGACAACUCUUCAGUUUUUUCUAUCUCAAUCCCGGGGCUGCAGUCUCUAGCUUUUGUACGAUUCUUGCCCCGACGCCUCAACAGGCAGACAAUCGGGAAGCUCGGCGCCGCUGUGUGUGGAAGGACCCCGGGGAAGAUGGCGGAGCGGGAGCGAUUGGAGCGGCAGUCGCUGGGAGCGCUGUUUGGGGCCUAUGGUAAGCUGCUGGACAAAUGCGAUCUGCAGGCAGCUCUGACCGACAGACUUCGAGUUGAAAAAUGUGACCUCCAGACUAUCAGACCAGCCCUGCAGGGGACACCGAAUGAAAUACUGCUGCAAAAAGGCACUCAGACCUGGAUUCAGCAACAGGAUGAGUUGAUGGAGUUUCACAAAAAUCGCGGAGAUCUCACACAAAGCAUGAUCGAACUCAAUAGCAGACUGCAGCAAAAAGAUAGAGAAAUCUUGACCAACGAGGCAAAAAUGGUGGAGUACCACAAACGGAUUAAGAGGCUGGAGGUGGAAUGCCAGGAGCUGCGGACUAACCUGCAGGACUUGGAGCGAGCCAAUCACGUACUGAAAAAUGAAUACAACACUCUCCACAUCACAUUCAGCACCCUUGAAGAACGACUGCAGAAGAUGGCUGAUGAGAACCGUGAGCUAAUCACACGGUGGAUGAGUGAGAAAACACAGGACACAAACAGGCUGAGUACAGAGAAUGAAAAGGACUCCAGGUACUCAUUCACUGUACAAAAUCUCAUUGCUGCUUCUUUUUGUGGCAGACCAUUUAUCCUCCUGGGAGGAAUUGGAACCUUGCCCAUGAUGCCGACGAAUCACAAGCGCACGGAUCUGCCGCUUGCUGAGAAGGUGAAGGUUGUCAUGGCUCUGCAAGGCCCAAAAGUCUCCUACGCCUCGGUGGCCAAGAUGUUCAACAUCUCCAAGAGCCAGGUGGGACGCAUCAGCCAGAACAGGGAGAGGAUCCUGGAAGAAUGGCGACAGAACGCCAAUCCCAAUCGCAAGAGGAAGAGGAAGGGGAAGGAUAUUGAGGUGGAGGACGCUCUUCUCUUGUGGUUCCAGCAUGCUGUGGCUGAAGGAGUCCGCAUCUCUGGCCCCAUGCUAAAGACAAAGGCCAAGGAGUUUGCGGAGGAGCUACAUCACAAUGACUUUGAGCCAACUGAUGGAUGGCUCUCGCGAUGGAAAGCUCGGAACAACAUUGUCUUUAAGAAGGACUCCAACGAGCGGCACGAUUGUGAUGGCUCUGUAGCAAAUGGGCUGACUCCUGAGAGACCUGAAGCCGAGGCCAGAGUCACUGAUAUUGGCCACAAUGUGACCUUGCUCGAUGCAAUCCAAAUGCUGUAUCGGGCCUAUGGGGGCAUGGAGCAGACUCCCUGUGCUGACUCACACCAUGGAGACAAGUUGAAAAAGCAUGCAAUCUGUCUGGGUCCCAGAAUCCCCGGGGGCGACCUUGACUCGGCUAAUUUCUGUCCUCACUUGCUCCCAGCAAAACAGGAGGAGCCUCCUGGCUUGCAGCCCAAAUCUGAGGACAGUUGUGUGACAACCAAGAGGCCCCGCCUGGAGAUCAAAGUGCAAGAGCGUGAGGUUGACAGAAGGUCACGAAGCAUAGCCCCUGUCAUCACCAAUAACGAGGUGUUAGAGUGUGUGAGCAAGCUGGGAAACUGGCUUCAGCUGCAAGGACCGUCGGGAGUUUACGAGCCAAUGCUGUGCAUGCUACGGGACAUGCAGACUGCAGUGGCAACUUUCUUGAGGUAGACAUUAGCAUCUUGCUGAUGAUGCAAAGAAAGUUUUUUUUUAAAAAGAAAUGAAACUGAAAAAUGCUGAAAUUGUACCUGUAAAGAUUAACCCUCUAAUGGACCUUUCUUGGAACUUAAAAAUCAGGAGGCCAAGAGAGCAGGGUCUUGUGAAGGUGUUUCAUUUUGAUGGGUGGCUGUGCCUUCAGACGCCAAGGUCCCAAGCUCUUUCCCCAGACCUUCUGUCUCUGUCCUUCUAUUUAAGACAUUUCUUAAUACCUACCUCUCUGAUUGCCACCAAUCUUAAUACCCCUACCUGUUUACUUGGCUUGGCAUAAAAUUUGUUUGGUUAUUCUUCUGUGAACCAACUUUGGACCUUCUACCACUUUAAUGACUUUCUACGAGUGCAAAUUGUUGUUGUUCGAUUCCAACCACAACCUCAACAUCUGGAAGAUACUUCACUGAUCUGUUGUGUAUCUCUAAUGCUUUCUGUUUUCUGACUGAAUUGAUUUCUCAAAUGUUUUUAUAUAUUUAUCUGAGACACAUUGUAUACUGCACAGUAGUCAGAAUAUAAAAAAAUGUUGUACUAUUAUAGAAAA